CUCCCAGUGAGAACUUAGACCAGGAAAAUGACCUCAACUCCUCCUCCACUUCAAGCGCGUUAUGCAGAUACCAGCCAUAAUAAACUACACUGCAACAACAGACGAUGUCCAUCUACACCACAAUUGCAACCAGCAAGGAGCGGCACGGCGAGAUCCAGACCGCCCUCGCCGCCGUCGAGAGCAGCCCGGAAACGCUACAGUCGCACAAAUCCUACCUGUCGGACCUCCGCCGCGCGCUGGCUGAGACCAACCAGCAGCUGGAACAACUCCGGCAGAUCACCCAGGUGGAGCGUGCGCUGCACGAGAAAUACCGCGACAGCACGGUGCGUCGCCUGCUUUACCGCGCGACGGGCAAGCGGGGGGAUUUCGAGGCCAAGGCCGACCAGGAGAUGCGCGACUAUUACGCCGCGCUGGCCAAGGAGAAUCGCGCGCAGGCGCAGCGGGAGAUGCUCGAGGCACAGGUCGUGGAUGCGGUGACGAAGGAGCACGAACUCGAAGCCGCAUGUGCGGCGCGCGGCAGGCUGCAUGAGGAGCUCGACGCCAUCUAUCGCACGAUUUUCGAGGGGCGGACGGAGGAUUUCCCGGAGGAGGAUGCGCAGGAAGAGGUCACUCGGUUGGCACGGCGGGAGUAUGGGCAGCGGAGGCAGCGGUGGAGUGAUGUUCGCCAGGCGGCGCAGUGUCUGGCGCGAGCGCAGCUAACGAUCCGGGAGGCGAUGUUCCAUCUGGUCGAGAGUCUGCGUCAGUCGGAGAGGGAUCUCUGGGGAUUCGGAGGAACUUUGAUCGACUGGCGGCAAAAGAACUGUCUGUCCCGCGCACAGCAGAAGGUUAGCCAGACGCAGAUGCUGGUGGCGCAGGCGACGCGGCUGGACUCGAACGUGCAGCCACUCCCGGCCAUGAGUUUGGUUCAACGAGACUGGAUUGGGGGAAUGCUCUGCGAUACUUUCUUAUUCCACCUCAACUUCUUAGAUCUGAUGCAACAAUCUGUCCUGGAGGUGAACCGCGCGGAGGAGGCCCUGGCAGCCCAAGUACGGCGGAUUCAGUCUCGUGAGACAGACAUGCAGGCCCAGGUGGAAGAAGCGCGAGUGACCUUCGAAACUGCACAGCAAGACCUUCGCCAGAUCCGAUACGAGGUAUUCAUGAAGGCCGCCGACCCCCCGCCGCCUUACACCGAUCAACCGUCAGUGGGAAUCAGCACUUGACGGGGAAUCGACGUUCAAGGCUUUUGGUGGCUUUGCUGGCGGGGUGGAAGGUGAUAUACUUCAAGACGGAUUACUCUCUCACCCCUCGCUCGAUUUUGAGAGGCAAGCGGAUCUUGCUCUAUUCCGGUGUAAGUUUUUCUCUUUUUCAUCUUUCUUUUAUCUUAUUCUGCUGCUUUUUGAUGUAUAUGUGCUCCCACCGGGUUAGAAAUAAAGAUAACAGGCCGGUGGGGGAAAUGUGUAUCAUCGAGUGCUGUGAGCAUGGCGGCACAAGAGUCGUUUAAUCUGCCUCCAUUCAAAAAGUAAGGCCAAAAAGGCCACUUUCAGUCCAUUUCUUCCUUCGUGCAACUUUCUGGCCACUUCCGCCUUCAUUGGAAGAGAUCAUGGACCGACCUCAUGAUAGGGCGUGGAUUUACCCGAAAUCACAUAGCUACUACCAUUCAAAGACAGUUCCUCUUCUG